AUGGGCAAUAGAGAAUUGUGUGGAGCAUUUCAAUUUAAGGUCAUGCCAUGCAAAGAUAAUACAACUAGGUCAUCAAGCAAGAUACGAAUUUUGAAAUACAUUUUACCAUCAGUUAUCUCGGUAGCAAGUCUUGCUGUUAUUAUGGUUUGUUUAAUGAGAAGUUGUAAUAAAAAUUCAGCUCGUCCUGCUCAAUCUAGUCCUCUCAUCACGGUCAAGAGGAUUUCAUAUUAUGAGGUUCUUAAAUCUACAAACAAUUUUGAUGAAGAGAAUCUGAUUGGUAGAGGAAGUUUUGGUUCAGAAUACAAGGGAGUAUUUUCAGAUGGAACUAUUGCUGCUAUAAAGGCUUUCAAUUUAGAUGUGGAAGGUACGAACAAGAGUUUUGAUACUGAGUGCCAAAUACUGUGCAAAAUUCAUCAUAGAAAUCUUGUUAAGCCCAGCAAUAUACUUCUAGAUGAAGAUAUGGUCGCCCAUGUAGGAGACUUUGGCAUUUCCAAGCUCUUUACAGAAGACCAAAGAAUUUCUCAUACCAAGACUUUGGGCACCAUUGGGUAUAUGGCACCAGAAUAUGGAUCAACUGGAUUAAUAUCGGCUAUGGCGGACGUUUAUAGCUACGGUAUUAUGUUGAUGGAAACAUUUAUAAAGAAGAAGCCAACAGAUGAUAUUUUUAUUGAAGAGUUAACAAUGAGGAAAUGGGUGUUUGAAUUCUACCCUGAUUCAGUAAUGCAGAUAAUAGAUGUGGAUCUAGUGGAUGGAGUUGAUGCGAAUAUUAAAGCUAAAGAGUGCUGCUUGAGAUCAAUUAUGGGACUAGCACUGGAAUGCACAACUGACAUGGCUGAGGAGAGGCUAGAUAUGAAAAAUGUACUACUCAGGCUAAAGAAGAUCAAAAUCGAAUAUCUUUCUAACAUUACUGGUGAAGAAUAA